AUGAUGAGGGGGUGUGGCCUCGUCUAACAUGAUGAGGAGGUGUGGCCUGGUCUAACAUGAUGAGGGGGUGUGGCCUGGUCUAACAUGAUGAGGGGGUGUGGCCUGGUCUAACAUGAUGAGGGGGUGUGGCCUGGUCUAACAUGAUGAGGGGGUGUGGCCUGGUCUAACAUGAUGAGGGGGUGUGGCCUGGUCUAACAUGAUGAGGGGGUGUGGCCUGAUCUAACAUGAUAAGGCGGUGUGGCCUCGUCUAACAUAGUGUACUUGAAUGGAUCUUAAACACAGAAUGGACAGCUGGUAUAAUUCAGUGUGACAAAAUGUUUCCAAAUAUCAGUUUGUUGGAUAAGAUGAUGAAUGAAUGAAAAUCACCCACAAGUGUACUUCUAAGAUUAUGUUGUUACUUGCAUAUUACUAGCAUGUUGGCUACACCAUUUAUGUACACCAGGACUCCAUUCUGUGCCUGUGUAGUAGCCAGUGGUUUGGCCCACUUCACCGAAUCUGCCUUGUCAUUCAGCAAGUCACACUACGUAAAAGGGCUACUUUGGCCAAGAUGACAGACACGUGCAGAUAGCCUUAAUAGCCCAGAGAAGAUUAGUGUGUGUAAUAAGCUUUUUGUGCGUAUGGAAAAAUUCGGGGGUCUUUUAUUUCCGCUAAUGAAACAUGGGACCGACGCUUUACAUGUUGUGUUUAUAUUUGAUGAUAAACCCUAACCCCCUUCUUCUUUCCUUCCUGCCAAUCUCCAGGUCUUCCAGAACAGUAUUACAGCCUGACCUGGUUCCUGAGCCCCAUCCUGGGCCUGAUCUUCACACCUCUGAUUGGCUCAGCCAGCGACCGCUGCACCCUGAAAUGGGGCCGGCGACGUCCUUUCAUCCUGGCCCUGUGUGUGGGCGUGCUGUUCGGAGUGGCACUCUUCCUCAACGGGUCACUCAUAGGUAAUAAAUAAUAUAUUAUAAACUGGGUGGUUCGAGCCCUGAAUGCUGAUUGGCUGACAGCCAUGGUAUAUCAGACCGUAUACCAUGUGUGUGACGAAACAUUUAUUUUUUCCAAAGCAACUACAGUCAUGCAUGCAUACAUACAUACAUACAUAUGGGUGGUCCAGUAUGAAAAAAUAAAAAAAAAAUGUAUGCACUGGAUAAGAGCGUCUGCUAAAUGACAAAAAAUGUAAAUGUCCCGGGAAUCGAACCCACUAUCCUGGCGUUGCAAGCGCCAUACUCUACCAACGGAGCUACAGAGGACCGACGUUGGGACUGGGUGUUAGGGUUAAGAGAAGAAGAAAAAUUCCCAUUGCGAAAUAAUGCUUUUCAGCCUAUUAAUUGAUGGAAAUACCAGUCGGUGUAAAUACAGUACCAGUCAAAAUUUUGGACACACCUACUCAUUCCAGUGUUUUUCUUUAUUUUUACUAUUUUCUACAUUGUAGAAUAAUAGAGAAGACAUCAAAACUAUGAAAUAACACAAAUGGAAUCAUGUAGUAACCAAAUAAGGGUUAAACAAAUCAAAAUAUAUUUGAGAUUUGAGAUUCUUCAAAGUUGCCACCCUUGCCUUGAUGACAGCUUUGCACACGCUUGACAUUCUCUCAACCAGCUUCACCUGGAAUGCUUUUCCAACAGUCUUGAAGGAGUUCCCACAUAUGCUGAGCACUUGUUGGCUGCUUUUCCUUCACUCUGCGGUCCGACUCAUUCCAAACCAUCUCAAUUGGGUUGAGGUCAGGGGAUUGUGGAGGCCAGGUCAUCUGAUGCAGCACUCCAUCACUCUCCUUCUUGGUAAAAUAGCCCUUACACAGCCUGGAGGUGUGUUGGGUCAUUGUCCUUUUGAAAAACAAAUGAUAGUCCCACUAAGCGCAAACCAGAUGGGAUGGCGUAUUGCUGCAGAAUGCUGUGGUAGCCAUGCUGGUUAAGUGUGCCUUGAAUAAAUCACAGACAGUGUCACCAGCAAAGCACCCCACACCAUAACACCUCCUCCUCCAUGCUUCACGGUGGGAACCACACAUGCGGAGAUCAUCCGUUCACCUACUCUGCGUCUCACAAAGACACGGCAGUUGGAACCAAAAAUCUCAAAUUUGGACUCAUCAGACCAAAGGACAUAUUUCCACCAGUCUAAUGUCCAUUGCUCGUGUUUCUUGGCCCAAGCAAGUCUCUUCUUAUUAUUGCUGUCCUUUAGUAGUGGUUUCUUUGCAGCAAUUCAACCAUGAAGGCCUGAUUCAUGCAGUCUCCUCUGAACAGUUGAUGUUGAGAUGUGUCUGUUACUUGAACUAUGUGAAGCAUUUAUUUGGGGUGCAAUUUCUGAGGCUGGUAACUCUAAUGAACUUAUCCUCUGCAGCAGAGGUAACUCUGGGUCUUACUUUCCUGUGUCGGUCCUCAUGAGAGCCAGUUUCAUCAUAGCGCUUUAUGGUUUUUGCGACUGCACUUGAAGAAACUUUCAAAGUGCUUGAAACCCAUUAAGAAGGAAAGAAAUUCCACAAAUUAACUUUUAAGAAGGCACACCUGUUAAUUGAAAUGCAUUCCAGGUGACUACCUCAUGAAGCUGGUUGAGAGAAUGCCAAGAGUGUGCAAAGCUGUCAUCAAGGCAAAGGGUGGCUACUUUGAAGAAUCUCAAAUAUACACACUAUCGUUCAAAAGAUUGGGGUCACUUAGAAAUGUCCUUGUUUUCGAAAGGAAAAACAAUCAAAUUGAUCAGAAAUACAGUGUAGACAUUGUUAAUGUUGUAAAUGGCUAUUGUAGCUGGAAACAGCUGAUUUUUAAUGGAAUAUCUACAUAGGCGUACAGAGGCCCAUUAUCAGCAACCAUCAGUCCUGUGUUCCAAUGGCACAUUGUGUUUGCUAAUCCAAGUUGAUCAUUUUAAAGGCUAAUUGAUCAUUAGAAAAAUAUUUUGUAAUUAUGUUAACACAGCUGAAAACUGUUGUGCUGAUUAGAGAAGCAAUAAAACGGGCCUUCUUGAGACUAGUUGAGUAUCUGGAGCAUCAGCAAUUGUGGGUUUGAUUACAGGCUCAAAAUAGCCAGAAACAAAUAACUUUCUUCUGAAACUCGUCAGUCUAUUCUUGUUCUGAGAAAUGAAGGCUAUUCCAUUAGAGAAAUUGCCAAGAAACUGAAGAUCUCGUACAAAGCUGUGUACUACUCCUUUCACAGAACAGCGCAAACUGGCUCUAACCAGAAUAGAAAGAGGAGUGGGAGGCCCCGGUGCACAACUGAGCAAGAGGACGAAUACAUUAGUGUCUAGUUUGAGAAACAGACGCUUCACUGGUCCUCAACUGGCAGCUUCAUUAAAUAGUACCCGCAAAACACCAGUCUCAACAUCAACAGUGAAGAGGCGACUCUGGGGUGCUGACCUUCUAGGCAGAGUUGCAAAUAAAAAGCCAUAUCUCAGACUGGCCAAUAAAAAUAAAAGAUUAAGAUGGGCAAAAUAACACAGACACUGGACAGAGGAAGAUUGGAAAAAAGUGUUAUGGACAGACUAAUCGAAGUUUGAGGUGUUCAAAGAAGAACAUUUGUGAGACGCAGACCAAAUAAAAAGAUGCUGGAGGAGUGCUUGAUGCCAUUUGUCAAGCAAGGUGGAGGCAAUGUGAUGGUCUGGGGGUGCUUUGAUGGUGGUAAAGUGAGAGAUUUGUACAGGGUAAAAGGGAUCUUGAAGAAGGAAGGCUAUCACUUCAUUUUGCAACGCCAUGCCAUACCCUGUGGACGGCGCUUGAUUGGAGCCGAUUUCCUCCUACAACAGGACAAUGACCCAAAGCACAGCUCCAAACUAUGCAAGACCCAUUUAGGGAAGAAGCAGUCAGCUGGUAUUCUGUCUAUAAUGGAGUGGCCAGCACAGUCACCAGAUAUCAACCCUAUUGAGCUGUUGUGGGAGCAGCUUGACCGUAUGGUACGUAAGAAGUGCCCAUCAAGCCAAUCCAACUUGUGGGAGGUGCUUCGGGAAGCAUGGGGUGAAAUCAACAAAUUGACAACUAGAAUGCCAAAGGUCUGCAAGGCUGUAAUUGCUGCAAAUGGAGGAUUCGUUGACGAAAGCAAAGUUUGAAGGACACAAUUAUUAUUUCAAUUAAAAAUCAUUAUUUCUAACCUUGUCAAUGACUACAUUUCCUAUGCAUUUUGCUAUAUUUCCUAUUCAAACUCAUUUCAUGUAUGUUUUCAUGGAAAACAAGGAAAUGUCUAAGUGACCCCAAACUUUUGAACGUUAGUGUAUGUUUAACACUUUUUUGGUUACUACAUGAAUCAAUAUGUGUUAUUUCAUAGUUUUGAUGUCUUCACUAUUAUUCUACAAUGUAGAAAAUAGUAAAAAUAAAGAAAAACCCUUGAAUGAGUAGGUGUGUCCAAACUUUUGACUGGUACUGUACAUUUGACUGUGGUCAUGCAUCUCAAACAGUAAAUCCAUAGGUAACGGAAGGCAGGCUUCAUCAGCGAGUCACACCACUUUGCAAUGAGCUGGAGGCAGUAUGCAUUUUGAAAACAUAUACUUAAUUGUUUGAAACCUGAACAUUUUACUACAUAUUGUGAGGCAUGUCUUACCUUGCUUCAAAGUAGCCUAGCCAAAAUCAGAGCAUAUCCGUAGAGGCAAUUAUUUUAUAUCAACUUUCUUUCAUUGUCCAGUAGCCAAAGGAACAAUCCUAGUUAUAUUAGCAACCCAUGCUAGUUUUUGCAUAUUAGAUCUCCCCUCUUUCUAAAUUUCUAACGGCUAUUUUCAUCUGUCACAUGAAACCGCUCGCAUAUGGGGUACGCUUUUGACAACCAGUGUUUUCCCCGCUAAUUGCAUAAUGAACAUUCACGCGUAGCCUUUUUUAUGUAGGCUAGUCGUAAUAGUUGUAUGAAUUUGGGAUCUUUUGCGUGUGUGUCCUGUGUGUGUGUCCUGUGUGUGUGUGUGUGUGUGUGUAUGUGUGUGUGUGUGUCCAGUGUGUGUGUCCAGUGUGUGUGUCCAGUGUGCGUGUCCUGUGUGUGUGUGUGUGUGUCCAGUGUGUGUGUCCAGUGUGUGUGUCCUGUGUGUGUGUGUGUGUGUGUGUGUGUGUCCUGUGUGUGUGGCUCAGUUGCUAGAGCAUGGCACUUGCAAUGCCAGGUUCGUGGGGUCGAUUCCCACGGGGGACCAGUAUGGGGAAUAUGUAUGCACUCCCUACUGUAAGUCUCUCUGGCUAAGAGAGCGUCUGCUAAAUGACUGAAAUGUAAAUGUUUGUGAGAGAGAGAACACAGAAUAGGCUGAUGAUGUGAUCAGUGAUAGCAGCCUGUCUGGCAGGCUUUCUGCCUCACCUAAUAAGCCCUCUUCUGGAGUGUGAUAUGGCUGUGGUUCUCCUGAGUUGAGAAAGGUGAGGAAAAAGCCUGGUUCUAUAACUUCAACUCUGUUCUAAUGCAACACGGGCACACCAAAAGUUACACUUGCAUCAGAAGUUUAACAUCCUACAUUAGCCAGCCAUUGGCUAUGGUAAAUUCAUUAUCAGUGGAAGUGACCCUAAGUGCCUCAAUCUGUGCAGGCGAAACUGAGAAGGGAUCCAUUUUGCUCCGUGCUUUAAAGGUUCAGCGAAGGGGAAGAUCAAUAGAUAUCCCAUAGAGUUGUUUUGCUGCCGGCUUCAGGACAGUCCAAGUAGGACUGAAGAGUCUGGAAGUAGGGGAAGGGAGAGGGAACAUAGCUUUACUUUUUCUCUGCUUACUGGAGAUGUGGCUCAAUGGGUCACUGAACAUCUGAACAAACGGAAAAGCUUGACAGGUCCUGGAUUUCAAUUGGAUUGGAUUGGAUUUAGUUGGCCCGCGUUGUUUUGAAGAGUGUUGGAGAGAGGUGUGCGUACGCGUGUGCAUGUUGUUGUGUGUGCAUGUGUGUGUGUGUGUGUGUGUGUGUGUGCACGUUUCUGUGAAUGUGUGUGUGUUGGCUAAGAGCCCUCGUCAUAGCCCUCCCAGAGCAGCUAUUCGUGCGGCGUCACCCCCAGCUCAGGUCCCAGUGCUGUGGGUCACAGUAACUUGCUGAGAAAGAGAAGCACAGGCUCCGGUGUUCUGACCUGCUGGGCCGGGCGGUGUGUGUGUGUGUGAACCGUCAUUCUCCGUGACAUGGGAAAGGACUGGGAACCAGUUCACAGGGAAACGUUUCCUGUUCUGCCCUCUUUCUUACCUUUCAAUGCCUAUCUGGAGCCGCUUCCUGUCUCCAGCGCUAGCUCACUGCGCGUCACCCCGUCAGCCACUCCAUUGUCAGGAAGAAAGGCUUUGCUUACUACGUACACACUGACUGACUACACACAGACUCAGUACAGACUUCUUUCUUUCUUCAACUUGUACACCUCUCUUCUUCCUCUGUGGUCGUUGUUGAUUAGCUCAAUAUUUUCAGAAUAGCUUUUCCCCUUUAAUGAGAAGGUUUGAAUAAUGACUUGUUUGUUGUUGUGUCCGUGGAGUUCCUCUGGGCUCAAUGUUAUAAUGGAAGUAGUAAAUGGGAUUUUACAACUAAGAGUUUAGAUUUAUAUAUUUAUUCCCAGUGAAAUAUUGAUAUAUUAUAUAUUUUCAGCACUUGCAUUGACACCAAUGACACUUGCAAUAAAGCAAUGAUGUUUUGUUUUACGCCAAUGAAACACAACCUUUCACAGCUAGUGUUUAUUAUAAAUUCUAUUUUGAUAAAUACAUUUGACUGGUCAUGCUUAUCGGUCUAUAGGUUAAUUUGCAUCACUGAGUGGAAUUAGAUUGGCAUGUGUGUGCAGUAUAUUUGUUAUGUAUCAUAUUUAUCACACGUGUACAGCAUACAGAGACUGCCCUGUACUUUAUAAUGUGAAGAAAUAAUAGUUGAUCAAAAUGUUAAGGUAAACGUUCUGAUCUGUUGCAUCAGACUCAUUGCUUUUUAACAUUUCUUUAAUGUAGCCUAGGCCUACUGGUUGGAUGAAAUUGGGAUCUAUUGUGUGUGUGUGUGUGUGUGUGUGUGUUUGUAAGAAGGCGAUUGUGUGCCAUAAUCGUAACCCACUCGGGUAUUGAUUCACAUGUGCAAAUCUCUCUCUCUUUCUUUCUCUCUCUUUCUCUCACUCUCACUCUCAUUUCUUUCUCCAUCUCUCUCUCUCUCCAUCUCUCUCUCUCAUCUCUCUCUCGCUCUCUCUACAUCUCUCUCUCUCUCUCCAUUUCUUUCUCCAUCUCUCUCUCUCUCUCUCUCUCUCUCUCUCUCUCUCUCUCCUCUCUCUCUCUCUCUCUCCAUUUCGUUCUCCAUCUUUUUCUCUCUCUCUCUCUCCAUCUCUCUCUCUCUCUCCAUUUCUUUCUCCAUCUCUCGCUCUCUCGCGUCAUCUCUCUCUCUCGCUCCAUCUCUCUCUCUCUCUCUCUCGCUCUCUCUCUCCAGCUGUCUCUCCAUUUCUCUCUCUCUCUCCGUCUCUCUCCCACUCUAUCGAUCCAACCGUGUGCUCCUAGUUGGAGAGCUGAAAGGAACUAGGAUGGAUUUUGCUAAUCAAUAUAUGUAUACUGGAAUGGAAUGGAAUGGAAUGGUCUCUGUGUCCAACUUUGUCUCUGUCUGUGAAUUAGGCCUAUGGUUUUCUGAAGCUGUUAUACCGGCUAGGAUACUAACUCUGUCUCUGGUUGUGUUCCAGGUCUUGCCGUCGGCGACGUGCCAAAUAACCAGCCCAUAGGGAUCGUUCUGACGGUGCUCGGAGUGGUGGUGCUGGACUUCAGUGCAGACGCCACGGAGAGUCCCAUAAGGGCUUACCUACUAGACGUGGCGGACACCGAAGAACAAGACAUGGCCCUCAACAUCCACGCCUUCUCCUCUGGUACGACACACGUCUUAGUAGCAGGAUAUUUCCAUGCGCAUACCUAUGUCUGUAAUAUCUGUGAUAGGUUUGAUAGAUUGAAAAUUCUCAAACUGGAAAUGAUGUGUGUGUCUGCGCCAGGUUGUGGGGGAGCGGUGGGCUACGCGCUGGGCGGUCUGGAUUGGACCCAUACCUUCCUGGGAUCAAUCUUCAAGUCCCAGGAGCAGAUCCUCUUCUUCUUCGCCGCCAUCUUGUUCACCAUCUCGGUGGCUCUGCAUCUGUUCAGCAUCGAGGAGCAGCAGUACAGCCCCCAGCAGGACCGGCUGGACGAGGAAGCCGUCGCCGCCUCCUCCACUGCCAACAAGGUCAACGGCACCCUGGGGAAGCUCCACGGCCACAACACCCCACACAUGGAGUUCAUCAGAGAGGACGACAUCUACGACCCUUGCGACCGUUAUGAGUUCUACGGAGAGGGGGACCAGGACGGGCGCUCGUUGCGCGACAUGAACAUGGACUUCCUGGAUGUGGAGAUGGUGAGGUCCAAGUCUGACUCUGUGCUGCAAAUGGCCGAUGCCACACUAGAUCACCUGGACCACGAGACUCUGUUCCUGCGCCACAUCGAGCCCUCCAUCUUCGCCGACCGCCUGUCAUCCUACCACGGCUCUCCACCACGCCGCAGCAGCAGCACAGGUAGCCAGGACCUCCUCAAAACCUCCAAAAAGAUCUGCCGGCUGUCCCAGUUUCUGCAGGAGCAGGACCGUGAUGGGGAGGAGGAGCUGCUCAACAACCAGGUCAACGAGCAGAAGACACCCAACGGCCGGGCGCACGCCAACGGCUUGAGCCAGAGCGCCAACGGGCACGCCCGCAUGGUCAUGAAGAACUCGGCCAGCACCAACGCCUCCAUGCGGCGCCGCCGCCACAUCUUCUACCGCCAGCCGUCCUGCACCUUCUCCUACUACGGCCGCGUGGGCUCCCACCGCUACCGCUACCGGCGGGCCAACGCCGCGCUGCUCAUCAAGCCGUCGCGCAGCUUGAACGACAUCUACGAGGUGCAGCGGAGGCAGAAGAGGAAACAGCAGAACCCCAGAGCGCGCCACCAGUCGGGCAACACCAACUCCAGCGGGGACACGGAGAGCGAGGAGGGGGAGACGGAGACCACGGUCAGGCUGCUGUGGCUGUCCAUGCUGAAGAUGCCUCCAGAGCUGAUGAGGCUGUGUGUCUGUCAUCUCCUCACCUGGUUUUCCAUCAUAGCUGAGGCCGUCUUCUACACUGACUUCAUGGGCCAGGUCAUCUACCACGGAGACCCCACGGUAAGGCUACAGGGACUCCAGGGCCAUUGUGUCACGUUAUUAUAAAGCCAAUUGUAUUUAUUUUGGGCAUAAAUGUACAUAUUUGUAUUUUUUCCAUGUCUUCUGCAAAUAAAAAACUAUUGAUCACACAAAAAACUCACUCCCCACCAGAUUUUCCUGCCGUUCCUGGGAUUUGAACCUGCUAACCUCUGGUUGCUGGCCCGCCUCUCUAACGCCUGGGCUAUUAGCAUCACAUUCUCCUAACCUCUGGUUGCUCUGGGCUAUUAGCAUCACAUUCUCCUAACCAUUGGUUGCUCUGGGCUAUUAGCAUCACAUUCUCCUAACCUCUGGUUGCUCUGGGCUAUUAGCAUCACAUUCUCCUAACCAUUGGUUGCUCUGGGCUAUUAGCAUCACAUAUUAGUCUCUUUCUCAGUAACUAAGCUGAGUUGUUUUAUCUCCUCUCUCUCCAGGCUCCUGCUAACUCCACGGAUCUGCAGAACUACCACAGAGGAGUUCAGAUGGGCUGCUGGGGGCUGGUCAUCUAUGCUCUGACUGCCGCCUCCUGCUCAGGUCAGUGACCAGUCACUGAGUUGAAUGGUGGAUGAAAAGAAAGAUGGAUGGACGAAUGAGGGAACGAGUGAACAAAUAAAUGAAGUGACCAAUGAAUGAGCGCACAGUGCCCUGACACAGGCGUGUGCAGGCCGUGUGCUCUGAGGCAGCCAUAAAAACGGUUCUGAACAAUGUGCACACAGUCUUCAGCCAAUGUGCUAUCUAUCGCUCUGUUCGCUUCUGGAGGGUUAGACCAUGAUGAGCUAGUGAGCUGAGACGACCUGUACAAGUACAGUCAGACUACUCACAAAGAGCUGUACCGCAACCCAGGAUCUAAACACCCAGUGGAAAUGUACUAAUUGCUGGUCACUAAAAUCAUGGUGAAUGUCAUCUAGUUGAACCAUUGUAUGGAUAAACGAGGCCACAUGAAAUCUAGGUUUCUAGGUUCGGCCAAUGUGUUUUUGGGUCUGCAUCGCUUGGUCUUUGGGGUUUUAGGCUGGGUAUCUGUUGAACACUUUGUAACACCUGAUGACGUAAAAAGGGCUUUAUAAAAUACAUUUUUGAUUUGGCAUCUCCUUGUUUAUAUUCACAAAUGCUUAUAAACUAUUAUAUUCUGUUGUUGCAGCCUUACUGCAGAAGUACCUGGACAACUUUGACCUGAGCAUCAAGGUCAUCUAUGUCCUGGGUACGCUGGGCUUCUCCAUCGGUACAGCUGUCAUGGCCAUCUUCCCCAACGUCUACGUCUCCAUGGUGAUGAUCAGCAGCAUGGGCAUCAUCUCCAUGAGCAUCUCCUACUGCCCCUAUGCCCUCCUGGGACAAUACCAUGAGAUCAAAGAGGUAAGGAUCUAUACUAGUUAGUGCACACUGAUGUAACAGGUUAGUUAGUAGACACUGAUAUAACAGGUUAGUUAGUUACACACUGAUAUAACAGGUUAGUUAGUAUACACUAAUAUAACAGGUUAGUUAGUAUACACUGAUAACAGGUUAGUUAGUAUGCACUGAUAUAACAGGUUAGUUAGUAUACACUGAUAUAACAGGUUAGUUAGUAGACAGUGAUAUAACAGGUUAGUUAGUAGACACUGAUAUAACAUGUUAGUUAGUAUACACUGAUAUAACAGGUUAGUUAGUAGACACUGAUAUAACAGGUUAGUUAGUAGACACUGAUAUAACAGGUUAGUUAGUAGACACUGAUAUAACGGGUUAGUUAGUAUACACUGAUAUAACAGGUUAGUUAGUAUACACUGAUAUAUCAGGUUAGUUAGUAGACACUGAUAUAACAGGUUAGUUAGUUACACACUGAUAUAACGGGUUAGUUAGUAUACACUGAUAUAACAGGUUAGUUAGUAGACACUGAUAUAUCAGGUUAGUUAGUAGACACUGAUAUAACAGGUUAGUUAGUUACACACUGAUAUAACGGGUUAGUUAGUAUACACUGAUAUAACAGGUUAGUUAGUAGACACUGAUAUAACAGGUUAGUUAGUGCACACUGAUAUAACAGGUUAGUUAGUUACACACUGAUAUAACAGGUUAGUUAGUAGACACUGAUAUAACAGGUUAGUUAGUAGACAUUGUACUCGCAUCUCCUACUGGAUCAAAAUAUAAACCAGAUGAUGUUCAGAAGUCUUGGGAUUCACUUUUCAGAAGUCUUGGGAUUCACUUUUCAGAAGUCUUGGGAUUCACUUUUCACCCAGUGUGAGAACAUGAGAACAUGUUUCGUAACAUCCAAUUGGUAGUUACAGUCUUGUCCCAUCGCUGCAACUCCCCUACGGACUCGGGAGAGGCGAUCGUGGAGAGACAUGCAUCCUCCGAAACACGACCCUGCCAAACCGCACUGCUUCUUGACACACUGCUCGCUUAACCCGGAAGCCAGCCGCAUCAAUGUGUCGGAGGAAACACCGUCCAGCUGGCGACCGAAGUCAGCUUGCAGGCACCCAGCCCGCCACAAGAGCUCGAUGGGACAAGGAAAUCCCGUCCGGCCAAACUCUCCCCUGACCCGAACAACGCUGGGCCAAUUGUGCGCCGCCUCAUGGGUCUCCCGUCACGGCCGGCUGUGACACAGCCCGGGAUCAAACCCUUAGACCGCUGCGCCACUCAGGAUGCCUGCUUUUUUUGUUUUUAACAUGUCCCCACAACGUUUUGAAGUAAACAUACUGAGUGGACAUCUCAUUAAAUAUAGUUUGAAUCACAUACAAUAAACAGUAGUAGUAACUUCUGCCGAAGGAUGUUAUUGCAGACCUACACCCCAGAGGGCAGAUUGAAGAUGCCAACAGAUGGUGGUAAUGUUUAAUCUGCUGACUGUUAUGAUAAUCCCUAGGCUGUAUGCUGCUGUGUGUCAAUCCAUGAAAAGAUCCAGAAACGUUAACCUUUAUGUCACUAUACCGAGACUAAUAGAGCAUUUCAAUGCCAGAUGCCUUUAGAGGAUGCCAGAAUGGGUUAUACGCAGGUAUAAUAUCUAUAUCUACAUUGUUUUAAAUGAUGUAACAUUUAUUUAACCAGGUACACCUUGUAUAUUACAAUGACAACUUUGCAAUUAUUUUUACACCAUGCCUCUUCUCUCCCUCUAACCUCCCUCUCUCCCAGUACAUCCACCACAGCCCGGGGAAUUCCAAGCGGGGCUUCGGCAUCGACUGUGCCAUCCUGUCGUGCCAGGUGUACAUCUCCCAGAUCCUGGUGGCGUCGGCGCUGGGCGCAGCAGUGGACGCCACGGGUAGUGUGCGGGUCAUCCCCAUGGUGGCGUCCGGUGGCUCCUUCCUGGGUUUCCUCACCGCCUGGUUCCUGGUUAUCUAUCCAAGCCACGGCGAUGCGGAGGCCAAGGGCGAGCAGAAGGCUUUAACAGGGCCCGUGUCCGAUAACCGCGUCACGGAGAAACCCAGUGUUCUAAAACUGACCAAGAAAGGUGCCGCCGCCACUACGUGUAAAGUGGAGUGCGAGUCCUCUCUGUGAUUUGAUGUGAUCGGCAAUUAACCGGAAAGGUCGGAGCUUACUGUAACCAUAGCAAUGCAACGACAUCAACAAAAAAUUAAAAACGACAUUCCCUUUUUUACGACCGUAUCUGCUGAUGGCAUGGGCUUGACCAACCUGCUCUUUCUCAAAGACACACAUGGGCCAUGAUGUUUGAAGGUUUUGUUUUUACUUGUAUUUCAUUUAAUUUGGGGCCUGUCUCUCGCUCGUCGCGGUCUAAGGACUAUGGUGUGGCGAGGAGAGGACAGCCGUCUCUCCCUCUCAGGGCCACCAGGCGGUCCGACUGGACAGGACUGAUCAGGGGACAGUGGAUGCACACGCGACCGACCGACGUUCACGCGCUGAACUGGGAUCUCUGGAAAAAGACCUGCACUUUACUCUCGCUUCCAUUCAAGGGUCAAGAUAAAGAAAAGGACAGAGAGAAAUAUUAUAUUCUUCUAAUUGGGCGGCAGGUAGCUUAGUGGGUAAGAGCGUUGUGCCAGUAACCGAAAGGUCGCUGGUUCUAAUCCCCGAGCCGACUAGGUGAAAAAUCUGUCGAUGUGCCCUUGAGCAAGGCACUUAACCCUAAUUGCUCCUGUAAGUCGCUCUGGAUAAGAGCGUCUGCUAAAUGACCAAAAAUAAAUAAAAAUAAAAAUAAUAAUUAGUGAAUCAUUUGGAAAUACAGAAAAUUGCUCUCUGGAUAAGAGCGUCUUUUGAUUGAACAUGUUUAUUUAGUUUACUUUCCGCUAUAUAUUUUUGACAUUAUGUUGAGGAAGGACAUUGUUAUCACCAAACGGGCCAGGCCCGGUAUCAUUGACAGGGUUGAUGUUUUACUUUUGGACUUUUGGAAUGAGUUUGACACCCCUGUU